AACUUUAUCGCUACCGAUGCUGCUGUCAAAUGAACACUCCAUGAUAAGGAGGAUCACGUGAGUUGGUGACGUCACGCUGAAGCUUCCAAUCCGCCUUCUUUCGCCGCCUGCAGAAGAGUUUUGUUCCGUGCGGCGACCCGUAGAAUCUGUCCUAGGUGUGGAAGCUGCGGCUGUAGGACUUCCUAGGCACCAUGGACGUCAACCAGCCCAAACAGGAGCAUCUGCUGGCCCUGAAAGGUCCACUUCAUACAUAAGAGGACAUGGGAGACAAUGAGCUUCAGCUACACCAAGGCCACUAAGACGUCCAAUCCACAACUCUACUGAUGCUACGAAGCGUUGCAAGCAUUGUGUGUGCUCCGGCAAUAGACAAGACAUCUGCGCCAAGAACAAAUGUCUCGGCUUGUGCAUUGGCACGAAGAACAUCUGCAGUAAAUGUAGCUGAGCACGUGCAAUGGAAGUCAUUUUGCAUUACCGCCCUGCACCGAAUAGCUCGGAUGAUAUACAGAAGAUGGCAGCCGGCUCGUUGGAAGACUUUCCACUCCGGCCAUUGCCUAGUUAUGCGUCUUACGAAGCCAACAUUAUUUACAAAUAUCCCAGUGACAUGUGAAGAACGGGACCUUCCAGGUGAUCUUUUUAAUAAUCUCAUGAGAGAAGAUCCUUCCACUGUGAAAGGAGCUGAAAUACUAAUGCUGGGGGAAAUGCUGACAUUACCACAAAACUUUGGGUAUACUUUCAGAAUGAAAACUAGUGGGGCCCAGCCUACAGAUGAUUUCAGGAAUAUUUUUCUUGGUGAAACAUUUUCAAGCUACAUAAGUGUACACAAUGACAGCAGUCAAACAGUUAAAGACAUACAAGUCAAGGCAGAUCUCCAGACAAGCUCACAGAGGUUAAACCUGUCCGCAUCCAGUGCAGUAGUUUCAGAGCUCAAACCAGACAGCUGUAUAGAUGACGUCAUUCAUCAUGAAGUUAAAGAAAUUGGCACACAUAUAUUAGUGUGUGCUGUAAGCUAUACCACCCAAACCGGGGAGAAAAUGUACUUCCGGAAAUUCUUUAAGUUCCAGGUUCUUAAACCACUCGAUGUCAAGACUAAAUUUUACAACGCAGAGAGUGACCUCAGUUCUGUGACAGAUGAAGUGUUCCUGGAAGCUCAGAUUCAGAAUAUCACCACAUCACCCAUGUUCAUGGAAAAGGUGUCUCUGGAGCCCUCAAUAAUGUACAAUGUGUCUGAGUUGAACAGCGUGGUCAAGGAUGGUGAGGGGUUGUCCACAUUUGGAUUAAAGACUUAUUUACAGCCGCUGGACACACGACAGUACUUGUAUUGCUUAAAGCCCAAGCCUGAGUUUGCUGAAAAGGCGGGCGUCAUCAAAGGGGUCACAGUGAUCGGCAAGCUGGACAUCGUAUGGAAAACCAACCUAGGGGAAAGAGGAAGACUGCAGACCAGCCAGCUGCAAAGAAUGGCUCCGGGAUAUGGUGAUGUCAGGCUGUCACUGGAGACCAUACCAGAUACUGUCAGUCUGGAGGAACCUUUUGAUAUCACAUGUAAAAUCACUAACUGCAGCAGUGAAAGGACUAUGGACCUGAUUCUUGAAAUGUGCAACACAAACUCUAUUCACUGGUGCGGAGUUUCAGGAAGAGAGCUUGGAAAACUCCACCCCAGCUCGUCUCUUUUUCUAACGCUGACACUUCUCUCAUCGGUGCAGGGACUGCAGAGCGUUUCGGGCCUGCGGCUAACAGACACGUUUCUGAAGAGGACCUAUGAGUAUGAUGAUAUCGCGCAGGUCUGUGUAGUGUCUUCAGCCAUCCAGGUUGAAAGUUGAUUCAUGAAGAGAUUUAUGGAACUUUUUAGACCAUUAUCUCCAGAUUCCCAAAGUGAGUGGACCCACACAUAUAAAGGGUAUCUCCCACUCGAAAAGUUAUCUCCUGUCCACAGGAUAGGGAGAUAAGAAGCUAAGGCUACUUUCACACUGCUGUUGCGCCCUGUCCAGAACAACCGUUAAGCUAUCUGGACAGGGCACAAUGGUGUGCAAUAACGGGUACCCGAUGGAUCCCAUUAUAGUCAAUGGGGUCCGUCGAGUGGCCGUUGUUUAGUAGCGGGAGAAAAAGACGGCACUUGCAGUAUUUUUUCUCCCUGGGUUCCCUGGCGGCCGUCACACUGCCGUGUCAUAACGGCUUUGUGAUAGUAGCCUAACCGGGUCAUAAAAAUGGAGGCCAGUUAUGUUCUGUGGAUUGGGGAUAACUUUUGGAUUUAGCAAUACCCCUUUAAAGCAGAUUGUGUCUUUCCAAAUGACCUGACACGAAGCACAUUGUAUGGUUUUGCAUUUUCCACAGCCAGUGCAAUUGUUAUUUUAUAAAUGGUGUAUUGUGUUUUAACACACACUGUAUUUUUAUCUCAUGUUCUAAAAAAUAAAGUGUAAAUAUGCAAUUAUUUAUUUUAUAGAACUGAUCUACCCAAAAACAAAAAUUAUAAAACUGAAGAGAAACUGUCAGAAGAUUUAUGCUUCCCCAGAGACAGCAUGAAACACUCCCAUAGACUUGCAUUGAGGGGUGUGGUAUGAUGUCACAAGGGGCGUGGUUGACCCACGCAGCGAGCACAUCACGUUUAGAACUAAAUGUUCCAAACACUGGCCAGUGGAGUUCCCCUUUAAUUGACUGAUCUCUUCCUGUUUGCAUAGAGGGGUAGACCUGUCAAUCAAACUGAGCUGUACAGGGAGGAGCCAGAGUAGAAACACCCAGCAGACACUUCUCCCAGUGCAGACACUCUUUUUAAACCAGUUUUUACACAGUGGUGGCGUUCUUUGCAUUGAGAAGCCUAAUGGAAUUUCAUGCUUUCCGUGAUUAAAGGGGUACUCCGGUGGGAAACGAGGAUUAUUAUUAUUAUAAUAUAUAUAUAUAAUAUAUAUAUAUUUUUUUUAUCAACUGGUGCCAGAAAGUUAUUUGUAAAUUACGUCAUUUAAAAAAAUCUUAAUCCUUCAAGUACUUAUUUGCGGAUGUAUACUACAGAGGAAAUUCUUUUCUUUUUGGAUUUCUUUUCUGUCUGUCCACAGUGCUCUCUGCUGACAUCUCUGUCCAUGUCAGGAACUGUCCAGAGCAGGAGAAAAUCCCCAUAGCAAACUUAUGCUUCUCUGGACAGCUCCUAAAAUGGAAGGUGUCAGCAGAGAGCACUGUGGUCAGACAGAAAAGAAAUUAAAAAAAGAAAUGAAUUCAGCAGCUAAUAAGGAUUAAGAUUUUUUUAAUAGAAGUAAUUUACAAAUCUGUUUAACUUUUUGGCACCAGUUGAUUGGGAAAAAAAAAUCCACCUGAGUAUCCCUUUUAAGGCAACACAAAUCUGUUGACAGGUUCCAUUUAUUGGUUGGUAUAAAAUAGUUUAAUUCCAUUUUCCUGUACCAGGUAUUUUAUUUCUGUUUUUUUUUGGGUGGGGGGGGGGGG